AUAGAGCUGCAUUAGUAGCAUCUUUAGUGGUCAGAGAUGACGAGACUAAGUUAACUAGAGCAGACGGGAUGAAACCUUUGAUCAAUUUACCUAGAAUUUUUUAUUUUUUAAUGUUAAUAAAUAAUCAU